AUGGCGUCAACUCAAACAAAAGCGCGUCUCCAACUCGCGGAGUACGCUGCGUCUUCCGAGCCCAUCCUCAAACUCCCUCACCCCUACCAGACCGCCUACCACGUCGUCAAGGGCCAGGAGGGCUUCCAGCUCCAAGCCCGUGAGGGCCUCAAGUCCCUUCGCGAGCCUCUUCACAACGAUGCCAUCUUCUUCACAGCUCCCGAGGACCUCAAGCUCGGCGACAAGCCAAAAGACUCCAACAACACCGCCUGGGGCAGAGCAAGACGGACGCCGUCCGUCUCCAUCACCUGGAAGGGCGAGCAACCACCCACCGUCGGCCAAGUGUGGCUCAUCACCUACGCCGUCUUCAUCCUCCGCCCCUCCGAGGAAGCCUUCCGCCUCGCCCUCUUCGGCUCCAGCGCCGACAAACUCUCCUCUCAGCUCAAGGCCGUCGGCCUAGCCAUUGACCACCCCACCACCGCCAUCAAGGACGCCCCCCCAACAAAGGAGCUCGUCAUCUCCCGCGGUGCCUUCUGGCAAGGCGCCGGCUCCCCCUUCGGCUCCCGCCCCGCCUGGGUCCCCGAAGAGCAGGACCCCGACCUCUCGGGCUACCCCCUCCCGCCCCCCGAGUACGUCAUGACCAGCGACUCCUCCGCCCUCUGCUGGCACCCAAGGCGCCGGACGAAGCCCAUCCCCGGCUCCGUCAUUUACAGCCGGUACAUCCCCCACCUCAAGGAGACGUUCAGCAUGAUCGCGCUCGACUACAAGAACGACGAACACCUCAACUUGUUCCACACCUGGCAGAACGACCCUCGCGUUUCCCAGGGGUGGAACGAGACGGGCACGGUCGAGCAGCACAGGGAGUACCUCCGCAAGGCGCACGAGGAUCCCCAUCAGAUCACCAUUCUCGCGCGGUUCGACGACGUCUGCUUUGCUUAUUUUGAGGUGUACUGGGGCAAGGAAGACCGCAUCGGCGCGUACUACUCUGCCGGCGACUACGACCGCGGCAGACACUCCCUCGUGGGCGACGUCCGCUACCGCGGGCCCCACCGUGUGAGCGCCUGGUGGUCGAGCUUGAUGCACUACCUCUUCCUUGACGAGCCCCGCACCAUGAGCGUCGUCGGUGAGCCCAAGUACACCAACAGCUCGGUUCUCAUGUACGACCUCAUGCACGGCUUCGGUCUGGACAAGUUCAUCGACCUGCCCCACAAGCGCUCCGCCUUUGUGCGCUGCUCGCGGGAGCGCUUCUUCCAGCUUUGCCCUCUGGAUGAGAACGACAAGGUGAUGGGCGGUACUGGUGUUGGGCUGGUUCCUAAGCUUUAA